UAAAUUUGAGCACGCAACUUCUGUUCCAAAAUGGCGAACAUGUGGAGCGGCGUUGAAAAGGCCAUUCGCAUGAUAAAGAAAAUGCCUCGUGUACAAAUUACGAACGUAAAAGAUAACACUUCAAAAGGAAGAAAGUCUAAGAUGAGGAGAGGUCAGCAUGGAGGCGACAAAUGUGGUCGAGGAAAUAAAGGACAAGGGCAACGAAAUAAUCGACCCCGUUUGGGUUUUGAAGGUGGAAAUUCCCCAUUUUAUUUGAGAAUACCCAAGGAACCGUAUUACAAAGGACACUUCUUAAAGAAAGAAUAUCCUCCAUUCUCCCUGCUGCAGCUCCAGAGGGCAAUUGACUUGUACCGUAUAGAUGAUAGCCAACCCAUAGACCUAGCAGUGCUGUGUAAUACAAAACUCUAUCAAAUGGAUGUUGACCUCAGGCACUAUGGAGUUCAUCUCACUGAAGAGGGUUUUGAUCUGUUCCAAGCCCAAAUAAACAUCGAGGUCCAGUGGGCCAGUGAGGCGGCCAUUGCAGCAGUUGAGAGUAGAGGAGGUGUCAUCACAACGCGUUUUUAUGACCCAGAAAGUUUGCGGGCUCUGGUAAAUCCCGUAACUUUUUUCAAAAGGGGAGUUCCUAUACCACGCUGUAAGCUCCCUCCCAUGGAAUUGUUAGACUACUAUAGUGAUCCUAAGAACAGGGGUUAUUUGUCUGAUCCAGAUCUGAUCAAGAAAGAACGUUUUGAACUUUCACAAAAGUAUGGAUAUUCUCUCCCAGAAGUACCUUACAAUGAAAUGUUAUUACUGAGGAAAGACCCCAGGCAAGUAUUCUAUGGACUUCAACCUGGCUGGGUUGUGAACUUAAGAGAUCGGGUCAUUCUCAAGCCUAAAGAUCCAGAAAUUAAACAAUAUUAUGAAGACAGAUUGGAAGCAAAAUCUGUGUGAUGUGUAUCACA